UUUUAUGUUUUUAGCGUCACAUCCCCCUGGCUGGAGGAAUGUAGAGAGACUGACUGCUUUAAAAAUAGCAUCCUCUCCUCUGUCAGCGCUGCUCCGGUGGCUGGCUGCACUGUGGUGGGAGAAGCAGGAAUGCGAAGAUGGCUACAGAUCUAGGAGAGCUUCUUGUCCCGUAUAUGCCCACUAUCAGGGUCCCCAAAACUGGAGACAGGGUUUUCAAGAGCGAGUGUGCCUUUUCCUUCGACUCUCCCGAGUCUGAGGGCGGUCUCUAUGUGUGCAUGAACACAUUCCUGGGCUUUGGACGAGAGCAUGUGGAGAGGCAUUAUCGCAAAACAGGACAGAGUGUGUACAUGCACCUCAAGAGACACGUCAAAGAAAAAGCCACAGGAGCUGCUGGUGGUGCCAUUCCUAGAAGAAGAAAUGGAAAAGUCUUUCUAGAUUUAGAACUAAACCGUGAUUUUAACGGGGAAGACUAUGAAUAUGAAGACGAGGCCAAACUUGUCAUUUUCCCAGACCACUUCGAAAUCCCUUUACCAAAUAUUGAGGAGUUGCCUGCUCUGGUAACAAUUGCAUGUGAUGCAGUGCUCAAUGCACCAUCACCUUACAAGAAACAGGAGCCUGAGUCCUGGGAGGAGGAUAUCCAAGUGUCUAGACAUGCCAGAAGUCUCAGACAGCUGGACAAUGGGGUGAAAAUCCCACCAAGUGGGUGGAAAUGUCAGAGGUGUGAGAUGAGAGAAAACCUGUGGCUGAACCUCACAGAUGGAGCCAUUCUCUGUGGAAAGUGGUUCUUUGAUGGCAGUGGGGGGAAUGGACAUGCUCUGGACCACUACAAACAGACCAAUCACCCACUGGCGGUCAAACUCGACACCAUUACCCCUGAUGGAGCAGAUGUCUAUUCAUUUGAAGAGGAGGAAGCUGUGCUGGAUCCACACAUAUCAGAACAUUUAUCACAUUUUGGGAUAGACAUGCUUCAAAUGCAGCAAAGGACAGAAAAUGGGCACCACACAGACAACAAUGCAAGACCACGGGUGAGUGAAUGGGAGGUGAUCCAGGAGUCGGGCAUGAAGUUAAAGGCGGUCUAUGGCCCCGGCUACACGGGCAUCAAAAACCUGGGCAACAGCUGCUAUAUGGGCACAGUGCUACAGGUCCUCUUCAGCAUCCCAGAUUUCCAGAGAAUGUAUGUGGGAAAUCUUCAGAGGAUAUUUGACUAUUCACCUCUUGACCCCACACAGGACUUUGCCACACAAAUGGCUAAGUUGGGACACGGGCUUCUCUCAGGCCAGUACUCCAAACCACCAGUGAAAUCUGAGCUCAUUGAACAGGUGAUGAAAGAAGAAUACAAGGUAUUAAACUGGUUGCAACAGAAAGGCAUCUCCCCUCGGAUGCUCAAAUCCUUGGUCAGCAGAGGUCAUCCAGAGUUCUUGUCCAACAGACAACAAGAUGCACAUGAGUUCUUUUUGCACCUCGUCAAUUUUGUGGAGAGAAAUAGUGGUGGCUCAGAGAAUCCCAGUGACGUGUUUCGGUUCUUGGUGGAGGACCGGGUUCAGUGUUGCCAAACACGGCGCGUGCGUUACACUCAGAGGGUCGAUUACUGCAUCCAGCUGCCCGCCCCUAUCGAAGCUGCCUCAAACCGAGAGGAACUACUAGCAUAUGAAGCCAAGCGAAAAGAGGCAGAGGAAAAUAUGCGCCCUCCUCCUGAACCGGUGCGAGCACGCAUCCCCUUCACAGCCUGUCUGCAGGCCUUCACAGAACCAGAGAAUGUCCCAGACUUCUGGAGCUCAGCACUACAGGCCAAAUCAGCUGGUGUCAAGACCUCUCGGUUUGCUUCUUUUCCAGAAUAUUUGGUUUUACAAAUUAAGAAAUUCACAUUUGGUGUUGACUGGGUACCAAAGAAACUAGUAUCAGAAAUGUCCAUACGAGGGCAACAUUCACCCACAGCUUACAUGCAUGCUGACAGCCAUUAUUAUUUGGCUAUAGAUGUUCCUGAUUUCCUGGACUUGAGUCGGUUGCGGGCCACUGGACUCCAGGCCGGAGAGGAGGAGCUUCCUGACCUCAUGCCUCCUAUUGUUCUACCUGAAGAUACUAGAGAUAACUCCAUGAGCUCCGUAGACUGUAAGUACUUUUUUAAGUUAUGUAGUGUGUUUAAAUAUGUUGUUUGUGCAUAAAUUACAUAUUUUUAGCGCAG